GAUGCUGCACGAGACGCUGCACGAGAGCAACCAGCCAACCGAGCGAGCAUCUCGGAGACCACGGCCCCUUCAGCCGCUUUGCAGCCCUUCACGCGUUCCCGGAUGCGAAGGCACCCCCGCGCAAGACGUCAACGGCGCGGUGAUGACGUCCGCCGACCAGCGUCGUUGUGCAUCCGACGUCGUGGAGACGGCGCGCAGCGGGCGUCGACCGACCGAGUUUCCCUCCGGCUGCGUGGGCGCCACAAGGUCUGCAGCAGGCCUCCUCGCCACGUCUUCCAGCGCAAGUGCCACCAUGACGCCACGUCGCGCUGCACUCUGGGACCCGCAUGCAGCACUACCUGGCAACUCCAAUGUGCUACCGUGCUUCUGGUUCCGGCACGAAAGGCUGCGCUCCUGCAGAGUCAUGCGGGCUUCGACCAACCAGCUUUCGCUCCGGCUGCCCGGGCGCCACAAGGACUGCAGCAGGUCUCCUGGCCACGUCUUCCAGCGCAAGUGCCACCAUGACGCCAUUUCGGGCUGCACUCUGGGUUCAGCAGGAGCAGCAGGUGGCCACUCCAGCAUCCUACCGUGCUUCUGGCUCCGGUACGCAAGUCCCUGCCCCUGCCGAGUGUUGUGUCCCGACCUGCCGGCGUGCUGGCCUUCGGCGACGCUGCGGUGGCUGCCCAAUGCCGGAGAAUCGCACGCAGCAGCAGCACCACGAGCAGCGCGCAGUUCGCCGGGUGCAUCGCUUGAUGCGGCUGUUUCACCUCCAGCGGUCCAGUGUUGCCAAACGAGGUCACGUGGCCUACUCUUUCUCUAGAAAGAGUACGCGUGCGCGGCCAGGACGUUUAUGUUAACGCUUUUGCUUUCGUAAUCCGUCAAUUUUGUUCUUCUACUUGGAUAAUUUAUCAAUAAAUGUGGUUUUGAUUGUCUA